UCGGCUUCGGCGGCUCGGACUCCUUCGCAGCCGGUGCCUCCGCUCCCUCUGCCUCGAAGCGGGGAGACGCUUGGGUGAGACCAUGAGGAAAUUCAACAUCAGGAAGGUGCUGGACGGCCUGACCGCAGGCUCGUCCUCGGCCUCGCAACAGCAGCAACAGCAGCAGCACCCGCCGGGGAACCGGGAGCCCGAGAUCCAGGAGACGCUCCAGUCCGAACACUUCCAACUCUGCAAGACUGUUCGCCAUGGAUUCCCCUAUCAGCCCUCAGCCCUGGCCUUUGAUCCUGUUCAGAAGAUCCUGGCGGUAGGAACUCAGACUGGUGCUUUAAGGCUCUUUGGUCGUCCAGGAGUGGAGUGUUAUUGUCAGCACGACAGCGGGGCAGCGGUGAUCCAGCUCCAGUUCCUGAUUAAUGAGGGAGCCCUUGUGAGUGCCUUGGCUGAUGACACCUUACACUUAUGGAAUCUACGUCAGAAAAGGCCCGCCGUACUACAUUCACUUAAAUUUUGCAGAGAAAGGGUUACAUUUUGCCAUCUGCCUUUCCAGAGUAAGUGGCUCUAUGUGGGCACUGAACGAGGUAACAUACACAUUGUCAAUGUGGAGUCCUUCACACUCUCGGGCUACGUCAUUAUGUGGAAUAAAGCCAUCGAACUGUCAUCUAAAUCUCACCCAGGACCUGUUGUUCAUAUAAGUGAUAAUCCCAUGGACGAAGGGAAGCUUUUGAUUGGCUUUGAAUCUGGAACGGUAGUCUUGUGGGACCUCAAGUCCAAGAAGGCUGACUACAGAUACACCUACGAUGAGGCGAUUCACUCUGUGGCUUGGCAUCACGAAGGAAAACAGUUUAUCUGCAGUCACUCUGAUGGUACUUUGACAAUAUGGAAUGUGAGGUCCCCUGCUAAACCUGUGCAGACCAUCACUCCUCACGGAAAACAGUUAAAGGACGGGAAGAAACCAGAGCCGUGCAAGCCCAUCCUCAAGGUGGAGUUCAAGACGACAAGAUCUGGGGAACCUUUUAUUAUUUUGUCAGGAGGCUUAUCCUAUGAUACCGUGGGAAGAAGACCUUGCUUAACAGUGAUGCACGGGAAAAGCACAGCGGUGCUGGAAAUGGACUAUUCCAUCGUUGACUUUCUUACACUCUGUGAAACGCCAUAUCCAAAUGAUUUUCAGGAACCGUAUGCUGUGGUUGUUCUCCUGGAAAAGGACUUAGUGCUGAUAGACCUUGCACAAAAUGGAUACCCUAUAUUUGAGAAUCCCUACCCUUUGAGUAUACACGAGUCCCCUGUUACAUGUUGUGAAUAUUUUGCUGAUUGUCCUGUGGACCUUAUUCCUGCACUUUAUUCUGUUGGAGCUAGACAGAAACGUCAAGGUUACAGCAAAAAGGAAUGGCCCAUCAGUGGUGGUAAUUGGGGCUUGAAUGCUCAAAGUUACCCAGAAAUAAUUAUUACAGGGCAUGCUGAUGGAUCAGUUAAAUUCUGGGAUGCUUCUGCAAUAACUCUACAAGUACUGUAUAAAUUAAAAACAUCUAAAGUAUUUGAGAAGUCAAGAAACAAAGAUGACAGACAGAACACCGACAUUGUAGAUGAAGAUCCUUAUGCCAUUCAGAUCAUCUCCUGGUGCCCAGAGAGCAGAAUGCUGUGCAUAGCUGGAGUGUCAGCGCACGUCAUCAUUUAUAGAUUCAGCAAGCAGGAAGUGGUCACAGAAGUCAUUCCGAUGCUUGAAGUUCGACUGUUAUAUGAAAUAAAUGAUGUGGAAACGCCGGAGGGCGAGCAGCCGCCACCCUUGUCCACCCCCGUGGGCAGCUCCAACCCUCAGCCCAUCCCUCCUCAGUCUCAUCCGUCCACCAGUAGCAGCUCAUCGGACGGGCUCCGAGAUAAUGUACCUUGUUUAAAAGUUAAAAACUCCCCACUUAAGCAGUCUCCAGGCUAUCAGACAGAGCUAGUCAUUCAGCUGGUGUGGGUGGGGGGAGAGCCCCCGCAGCAGAUCACCAGCCUGGCCCUCAACUCUUCCUACGGACUGGUGGUUUUCGGCAACUGUAAUGGCAUUGCAAUGGUUGACUACCUCCAGAAAGCAGUCCUGCUCAACCUCAGCACCAUUGAACUCUACGGCUCAAAUGAUCCUUAUCGGAGAGAACCUCGUUCGCCCCGUAAAUCUCGACAGCCUUCAGGAGCGGGCCUGUGUGACAUCACCGAAGGGACUGUCGUCCCAGAGGAUCGAUGCAAAUCUCCUACUUCCGGUUCUUCAUCGCCACACAAUUCAGAUGAUGAACAAAAAGUGAAUAAUUUUAUAGAAAAGGUGAAGACCCAAAGCAGAAAGUUUUCCAAGAUGGUAGCCAAUGAUCUAGCAAAGAUGUCAAGGAAAUUAAGCUUGCCAACUGACCUAAAGCCUGACUUAGAUGUAAAAGACAAUUCCUUCAGCAGAUCACGGAGUUCAAGUGUAACCAGCAUUGACAGAGAGUCCCGGGAAGCCAUCUCUGCUCUUCACUUCUGUGAGACUUUCGCCCGGAAGACAGACUCUUCCCCGUCCCCAUGCCUGUGGGUGGGCACCACGGUGGGAACUGCUUUUGUCAUCUCACUGAGUCUCCCCCCGGGGCCUGAGCAGAGACUCCUUCAGCCAGUGAUCGUGUCCCCAAGUGGUACUAUAUUGAGGUUAAAAGGUGCAAUCUUGAGGAUGGCGUUUCUGGACGCCACGGGCUGCUUAACGCCACCUGCAUAUGAACCCUGGAAAGAGCACAACGUUCCUGAAGAAAAAGACGAAAAGGAGAAAUUGAAAAAGCGGCGACCUGUCUCAGUGUCCCCCUCCUCUUCUCAGGAAAUUAGUGAAACCCAGUACGCAGUGAUAUGCUCUGAAAAGCAAGCAAAGGUGAUCUCCCUGCCAGCCCAGAGCUGUGCGUACAAGCAGAGUCUCACUGAGACGUCCUUCGUGCUCCGCGGGGACAUUGUCGCUCUCAGUAACAGUGUCUGCCUUGCCUGCUUCUGUGCCAACGGCCAUAUUAUGACUUUCAGUCUGCCAAGCUUGCGACCUCUCCUGGAUGUCUACUACCUGCCCCUGACCAACAUGCGGAUAGCCAGGACGUUCUGCUUCGCCAACAAUGGACAAGCCUUAUACCUUGUCUCACCUACAGAAAUCCAGAGGCUCACCUACAGUCAAGAGACAUGUGAGAAUCUGCAGGAGAUGCUCGGUGAGCUCUUUACGCCUGUGGAGACCCCAGAAGCUCCAAACAGAGGCUUCUUCAAAGGCUUAUUUGGAGGCGGUGCACAAUCUCUUGAUAGAGAAGAACUAUUUGGAGAGUCGUCCUCGGGAAAGGCCUCAAGGAGCCUUGCACAGCACAUCCCAGGUCCUGGUGGGAUCGAAGGCGUGAAAGGAGCCGCGUCGGGAGUGGUGGGCGAGCUUGCCCGAGCCAGGCUGGCCCUCGAUGAAAGAGGGCAGAAGCUCAGUGACUUGGAAGAGAGGACUGCAGCCAUGAUGUCCAGUGCAGACUCAUUUUCCAAACAUGCUCAUGAGAUGAUGCUGAAAUACAAAGAUAAAAAGUGGUACCAAUUCUGACAACCACAACUCAGUAAAUCCAGCUUCAACCAGAAGGAAAAAGAAAUUUCCUUGUUGAUGUCACUGAUGUAUUUGGGAAAGAUAACAUAAAGGGAUGCACAUUGCUGAAAGCGUCUUUCCCAGCACAAUCAUGCACUGUUUUACCUCAGUCACAUGGCUUUAACUGAGAAGAAUCCCCAUGCCUGCACACUGGAGCCGAUGGUGUGUGCUGGCUGCGCGGUGACAGACGAGAACCAAGUGGGGAGGGCUGGCAGAUGAGCGUUCAGAGGAUGGACAGGUUCCGGAGGACAAUCCUUGGCUCAUUGCGGUAUUCAACUUUCAUAUGCCAAAAGACUUCAUGCCGUUGUAUCUGCCAUCAGUGUUUGAUCCGAUGUGGGGAGAGGCGAUGGGUCAGAGACGUGCUGAGUCCAAACAGGUCGCGCUGUGUCUGGACUGCAUCGUGAACAGUGUCUGCACUCACCCUCCCUCAAGCCGAUCCUCAUCAGUAUCAUUAGUGAAAAAGCAGCAAACUGUCCCUUCCCGUGAGACUCUGCUGAACGGCGGACUCUAAGGCCACAGAGCACACACAGCUUCUGUGCCGAGCCCCUUCCACCCCGUUAUCACGCACUGUGCUCACUUCCUAUGUUUUCAAAAGCAAAACAAGGUGAUAUGUCGCUUUCUUGGAAAGGUGUACGCAUGACUGAGUCGCUCUUCUUCUGGGAGUUUCCACGUAGUGGCCAUGCAGAGUGGAGAAGUGUGAGAGCCUCCAUUGUGGUGAGGAGAACUCAUCACUGUCUUUGUCCCUGUUCACAUCAACGCAGCUAAAAGUAGACUUGACCAAAAACAGUUACUGGCUAAAUUUGUAGAAAAGUUGAAAUUGGCUAAGUUUUUAAUUUUGCUUGAAUUUUUAUAAACUGUUUAACCAAAUGUACCCUUGCAUUAUUUAAUUAAAGUUGCUGAAACAACAGUGUUUUCUCAUUUCAGUAAAGGACUCAGCCCCCUUAAAAAUACGCCCUCCGUUUGUUCGCAGUUGCAGUGCGCUGAGGGAGGGGACAGGCCAGGCUAAUCUCAGUGCACAUGCUGCUGCCGCCACCACAUGGAAAACUGCAAGAGUCUCUUGUCCAGUUAUCCAAGAGUCUGGUCUGAUGAGCUACAAACUUUCUCCCGUAGAGUGCAUCUCACACCUGUCCUAAUCCUUCUGAAAUACUAAAAGCAAAAGGAAGGGAACGUAUGUUGACGUCAGUCACUAAGAUUUUUCUGUAACCAAGAGAGUUGUGCACUGGAGGGCAGCAGACAACAGUGACUGGUUCUUGCAGUGGCAAGGCAACCUAGAGAGGAAGCAGCCUGUACCUGUCAGGGGCUGUGAUGGAUCACUAAAGCCGCAAAGGAAGAAGGGAAGGGAAGUGGGGGCGUGACCCUGACACACUGUCUCCUCCUGUCCCAAGUCACUGUCCUUAAGGGAAGCUCGCUGGGAAGCACGGUUGUUUGCUGGUCUGUUUGAGUGAGGUUCAGUCAUCCUCACGUCGGCCUGUCACUUCCCUUAUCUCUCUCAUUAAUAAUUCUUUUGUUUACAUUUUAUAAUGUGCACUACUGGAUAUAAAAGUUUACAUCCAAGUUUACUUUAGAUAGCAUCAGGUAAGGAUGGAAUAUAUGUGAUAAAGAGAAUUGAAGAUACAAAUGUUUUUAAACUAUAAUCAUUUUUUAAAAUUUCUGAAUCUGUAGAAAGUGAGAAAAAAAAACAUUUGUUUCAUGUCUGUUCUCUGAACAUUCGACAAUUUAUGAAUUGCUGAUUUUGCGUUACAUACUGUCCAUUAAAGCCAUGCUCCAUGGUACCUCACUGGAAGAACUGGGUCCUUUUUUUAAGGGUAUAAUUUUAUGAAUAGUGGAGAGUUUUAAUAAGUUGAAAAGUAGUAAGUACCUAACGCGCUGCUUGACUCUGUGUGGACCCUCCGCUGUUCAAUUUGUUGCGUUAUUUACAUACCAGGUCCCUUUUUACAGUCAUUUUAACCGCUGUAAAUAGAUGAAUCAAAGCUGUCAUUAUUUACUAAUAGAAAAGUAGAAAAGCUUACCAGAGUUGGAUUUUAUAAGAACAUUUUAAUUCAUGACUUUAAAUUAUUUGUUUUUUAUUUUAAUUAAUCUACCUAUUGUGCACAACAAUCUAAGAGACAGUACUUGAAAGUACAAAGUAUUUUUAAGUAGACAAAAUGAGCUUCCCAGAGCUGUGCUUGAUUAUGUAAAUAAGAAAGUUGAUGGUGAUAACUGGCCCAGGGGACGGACUGUAGUCUGGAAUGGUCGGCCUCCGCCCAACCCACUCCUGUCUUUUUUGAUGCAAAAAGCAGUAGCCACCAGCAAGCCAAAAGUUUCAGGAACUUUAAUAACAAUAACAAAAGGUCAAAAAAUAAAAUAUCAAAAAAAUGAAAGUGUGUGUAUGUGUGUGUGUGUGUGUGUGUGUGUGUGUUCUCUGUACACUCAUCUGUCUUUGAUUCUGAAAUUCAAGUAUUCUUCAGUUAACUUUCCUAGUAGGAAGAGAUUUCUCAUUAUGUACCACAUAGCAAAUUCAUUUCAUCAUGCAAACUAAAAUCAGUCUCUGCUUAGAAUGUUGUUAUUUGAAGUAUCUCGUUUUGUCAAAAUCUUGAUGGGUUUGAAUAUGGUACCACCUUAACACCCGCUCACAUUAUGGCCAUACCACUUCCAAAAACCGGUUAUAGAUUUAACAAAACCUGUACCUGAUUUGAGAUUCUCAUGGGGAAAGACUGCUAUGUAUGUGCAUAUCGUUGAAGGACGCUGCAGUUUCAUCAAGAACAUUUCCUUAAGGACUCACUGAGACCCUGGUGGGUUCUUCUGCAGUUCGUUCGGGUAGACCCUUGUGGCACUGAGACAGGUCUGAAAGAGCGCAUGUGUUUAGAGUGUGGGAGAUGCUGGGAGGCAGGUGAGGAAGGAGGGGGAGGUGGUCUAAGGUUUGCCCUAAGUUCUGUAUUCGAAUUGCGUGCUCUGCUCAUGGCAUUUCGCAUGUGACAUUAGUACAGCUAUCUCCAAAGGGUUUCGUUUGUUUUUGUAUCUGUUUUUCUUUUUCUUUUUGUGGCAAAGGUUUAUUUUAACCUGGGGGAUUUUGUUUGUUUAUAUGUUUCUGCAAAAUAAAGAGCACUGAACUUUAAA